AUGGAUAGCGAUAUGAGCUCUCCCGGCCCAGGCGGGUUCAUACCAACUCACGGUGGUCUUCCAUCACCAGCGCCCUCUUCAACUUCAUCAUUUGCAAACAUCCAGGGUCUUCCCGCGCCAAGAAGCAAGUCACUAAAGCCAAACUCCAGCAAAGAAUUCAUGGUUCGACGAUAUGCCGAAGAACAACUUUUACUAAUUACGCGACGAUACGUCAAGAAGUUUGGUAACCCUGAACCAGGUGAUUCGGUGGUUGGAUAUAAGAGAUUUGGUGAAGUCUGUCGCGACUUGGAUAGUAUCAUCAACGUCUUAUGGCGAUCAGGCACUCCGACACUUCAAAUUCCCUUCCUACUACGUCUCACCAGUGAUUUUACUCGAUAUGUCCGGUCAUUCCCACCUGCACCAAAGGCGUCUUUCUCCGUAUUGCGCAAAAUGGAUCACUGCUUCGCCAGUCUGCUUUCAGGCCAGGAUAUCGAGACCCAUGAGACAUUACCGGGCUUUGGGAACGGACUGCGUGGCGGCCUGACGACUACAGAAAUGAUCCGAUGUCGAAGCUUAGUUGAUCAAUGCCGUGUACUAAUGGUCGAGGUAAUGAGAGACCCCACUGAGGAAGACGAGGAAGAUGAAGAGCCGGUGACGGAUACUGAUACGGAUAUGGAGGGACCUGCUAUCAGGGGGUGGGGCGGCGUCGAGGACGACGACGAGAUGAUGCUGCAGAUGGAUGCGGCACGGGUCUUUGAGAAGACUAUUGUGCACCUCAACGAGAGGCUAGGCGAUCUCGAGCCAUUGCAAAUGUCUGCCGAUUGA